AACAAGAAAAACCAAAAAAAUGGCAAAGAAGGUGGUAAUUGGUGGAAUAGCUUCUGUUCUUGUGGUGGCUUGUGUGGUGGCAGCCUGUCUCACCCUGACUAAACAUGACUCUGAUACUUCAUCAAAUGAAGUUGCAACUUCAACAAAGUCAGUUGAAUCUAUGUGCCAACCCACACCAUACAAACAAACUUGUGAAAAGACCCUCUCCGCCGCCAAGAAUGUGUCCGAUCCAAAGGACUACAUCAAGGUUGCAUUCGAAGCCACUGUGACAGAUAUCAAGAAUGCCAUCAUGAACAUUGAGCCAAUCAAGAAAGCUGCCAGUGAUCCUUACACAAAAGACGCUCUCCAUGCUUGUGAAGAGUUGUUUGAUCUAGCCGUUGAGGAUCUAAGGGGCUCUGUCGCUAAGAUUGAGAACUUCGAUUUCUCUAAGAUCAAGGACGUGGUGGAUGACCUCAAGACAUGGCUUAGCGCUGUGGUUGCUUAUGAAGAAACUUGUUUAGAUGGUUUUACCAAAUCAGAAUACAGUGCAACCCGUGACGAAAUGGUGAAGCUAAUGAACACCACCCGGGAGCUGAGUAUCAAUGCUCUUUCCAUGGUCAACAGCUUCGGUGAAAUGAUCACACAAACCACAGGCCUUACCCGCAAAUUGUUAUCAAACAGUGACUCGUUUGUCGAAGCCAGUAACCGUAAGCUCCUUCAAAUUUCUGCCGCUAAACCUAAUGCUGUGGUUUCUGCCAGUGGAGGCGGACAAUACAAGACCAUUCAGGAAGCAGUUAACGCUGUCCCCAAGAAUAAUCCAACUCCUUUCAUUAUCCUGAUCAAGGCCGGUACAUACAAGGAACACAUUGAAAUCGAAAAGAGCAAGCCAAAUGUUGUGUUUAUUGGUGAAGGCGCAACCAAGACCAUAAUCACUGGUGACAGGGGAGUAAAGAAUGGUGGCGGUUAUGCAACAUGGCAUACAUGCGCCCUUGGUGUUGCUGGUGAAGGUUUUGUUAUCAGGGACAUCGGUCUUGAAAACACAGCAGGACCCGAAAAAGAACAAGCUGUUGCAUUGAGGAUUAAUGCUGAUAAAGCCAUUGUCUACAACUGCAAAAUCGAUGGUUUCCAAGACACCCUAUACGCUCACUCAUUCAGACAAUUCUACCGUGACUGUAUCAUUACAGGCACUAUUGAUUUCAUGUUUGGUGAUGCAAGUGCUGUUUUCCAAAACUGCCAAAUAAUUGUGAGGAAACCAGGUAAUACACAAGCUUGCAUGGUCACGGCUCAAGGAAGGACAGUACCAACUAGUGUUGGUGGAUUCGUUAUCCAGAAUUGUGACAUCAAGCCUGAGCCAGGAUUCCCUAGCACCACUAAAGCCUAUCUUGGACGUCCAUGGAAGGAGUUCUCCAAGACCAUCAUAAUGCAAUCAAACAUCGAUGCAUUCAUCGAUCCAUCAGGAUGGGCACCAUGGAACACAACUGAUUUUGGAAUACACACAUGUUUCUAUGCAGAGUAUCAGAACAGAGGACCAGGUGCCGCACUUGACAAAAGAGUCUCAACAUGGAGAGGUUACCAAAGGGGAAUUUCAGGAGACGCUAUUAACCAAUUCACUGCCGGCAAAUUCAUUAACACCGAAUCACCCUGGCUACCCAAGGGUGAUAUUCCCUAUGAUGCUGGCAUGAUGAAGGUGUAAUUACAUAUACCAUUCAUUGUGUAACUUCCUAAAAUUAUCCAAACUUUUAUUUCCUUUUCCUAUUCGUGUCUCCGUCCUACAAGG